AUGCCGAACAAGAUCUUAGAUGACAUUUCCCACCGUCGCUAUAACCCUCUCAGAGGGUCCUGGUUACUGGUGUCGCCUCACCGAACGAAGCGUCCCUGGCAAGGUCAGCAAGAGGGGCCAGGAAAGAUCGAUCUGCCUGAAUAUGAUCCCAAAAGAUGCGCCUGUUGGCUCAACUGUUUACAGUGCUAUCUUUGCCCACGGAACUCGCGAGCCUCUGGCGACACCAAUCCUGAUUAUGCACACACCUUUGUAUUUGUGAACGACUACAGCGCCGUUAAGGAGGAGCAGGCAGACUAUGCGGCCGAAAGUGGUUCAUGCGAUGACUUGUCCUCCCUGCUGCUCCGUGCCGAGGGUGUCAAGGGCAAAUGCUACGUCCUGACGUUCGCUCCCAAACAUCACAUCACCCUCGCCGACAUGUCCGCCGCCGAUACACUUCCCAUUAUCGAGACAUGGACGCGCAUCUACGCCGCCCAUCUCGCAUCCACGAAUCCCCUCUCGCAAGUAGCUUUGGGCCUCGGCCUCGUGCAACAAGACGCACCCCCGGAAAGCGUGGUGCCCCCGCCAGCGAACCAAUACCGCUACAUGCAAAUCUUCGAGAAUAAGGGCGCCGCCAUGGGUUGCUCGAACCCACAUCCGCAUUGCCAGGUCUGGACGACGAGCACACUUCCCGAAGAACCUGCCGCCGAGACCGUCCAGAUGGGCAAAUACCGGACCGAGCACGACGGCCGCCACCUUCUGGCUGACUACGUGAAGCUCGAGAUGGAAAAGAAAGAGCGCAUCGUUUGGCAUAACGAUGCUUUCCUCGUUGUCUGUCCCUGGUGGGCUGUAUGGCCCUUCGAGGUCAUGAUCAUUUCCAAGCGUCACAUUCGCGCCCUGGUAGACUUCACGGAGGCUGAGCGGUUGCAAUUUGCCGAGACGCUCCAGGAGGUCACGAGACGUUAUGAUAACCUGUUUGAGACGAGCUUUCCGUACAGCUCGGGCAUCCACCAAGCGCCUUUAGAAGGGACACCCGAGGAAAUUGAGAACAGCUACUUCCAUAUGCACUUCUACCCGCCGUUGUUGCGAUCUGCGACUGUCAGGAAGUUUUUGGUUGGAUAUGAGCUGAUGGCAGAGCCUCAGCGCGAUAUUACGCCCGAGCAGGCGGCUGCGAAGUUGAGGGAUUGCGGCGGGGAGCUGUACCGCAAAAAGUUGUAG